UUUACCUGAAAUCGUUGAAUGGAGGUGUUGCGCAAGUGUGGAAACAUUAUUAUAUUGUGUAUUGACAUACAAUUGGUGAUGUGUGUUUCUAUGUUUCCUGUAAUAUAGUAAUUUCUUGUAUCUCUUGUGUGUCAACGCAGACCGUUGGUUUUGCCGGUGGAAAGUGUUUUAUACUAUUGUUUAACACAGUGUUGUGAAACAUUCAAACAGUGAGAGAAAAUGUGAAGUUGAUAAUAACUGUGUGGUUUGUUAGUUAACUACAGUUACAACUAGCUUACAAACACCUAGUACGGUCGGAACAGCCAGCUGCGAAUGGAAUUACCAAUGGGUGAUCGCGUGUAUGCAGCUGAGAGGAUUAUGAGGAAGAGACUGAGGAAGGGUCGUGUUGAAUAUUUCGUUAAGUGGAAAGGAUGGAGUCAAAGACACAGCACUUGGGAGCCAGAAGAGAAUAUUCUCGACAGACGUCUUAUUGAAAUAUUUGAACAGAGUCAGAGAGCAGAUGCAGCUGCCAGACGGCCAGGUCGCAGAAGAGACAUGCGAUACCAACUGUUAAACCAAGAACUUGCAACACCUCCAGAAACAACUGCUCCUGACAGCACAGUUACUGCAGCAGCUACUACAGAUGCUACGACACUUGACGCUGAAAUGGGAAUGGAUCCAGCAGGUGGUCCUGAGCCUGGCAGUGAUACAAAUCCUGAGCUGGAGGCAGUUCAAUUACCUCCUGCUGAAGAUAGCACAACCCAGAUUACUUCUGAUGUCCCAGGGCCUGUACCUGUGGACACUGUGGAUCCUGAACCAACAGUAACUGCUGGAGAUUUGAAUGAAGCAGCCAGUGAACCCGGAGAAGUGUCCGAACCACCAGUAAUUGCCCAAGUGAAGACCACACGUCCUCAUACUCCACUUCCCACACCUGCAGUUCAGGAUGCAGUAGAGACAAACACUGCUGCAACUGUGGAAGAUGCAAUUUCCACAUCACCUCGAUGUGACACUGGCACAAAACGAAAGGCAGAAGUACUGUCCCAGGAGUCGGGCAAAAUUGGGGUCACAAUUACUACAAGCUGCGCAUCACCUGUCUCCAAAGCACCUCGUCUUGGUUCACCACCACUUCCCUCGCCACAGCCUAUUUCUGCCAGAAGGGCAUCACAGGGCUCCCCAUGUGCUGGUCAGGCCCCACCUGCCUCUGGUUCACCGCCUCCUCCAACACUGAUUACUCCACCAAGUCCGAAGGUGGGAGUCACCACCCUCAUUGCACCAGAGCUCUCACCAGCUCAGGUGAACAAUGUGAAAAAUGCAGACUCCCAGACAGACACAGGCAGCAGCCACGUCUCACCAAUCACAGAAAUAUCAACAGAGGGCCCUGGGAAUACAGCAGAAGAGCAAAGCGUAAAGGCAUCCCGUGCACCUGUUAUUCCAAGUGCUCGCUAUUGGCAAACAGUGAAUCCAGUGGCGGAUCAGGUAUUCAUCACUGAUGUCACAGUCAAUCUGAAGACUGUUACAAUCCGGGAGUGUAAAACAGAAAAGGGUUUCUUUCGUAAGCGUGAUGAGUCAAAUUCUAGUGAUGUAACGUGACUUGACAUGAUGUACUUUAAAUUUGAUGCCUACUGGCUCUUGAAAUGUAGGGAGAACAGUGAAGAAGUUUGUGGCAUGAUGACAUUCAACACUAACCAAUGUCACUGUAUCUUUGAGAUGUACAAGUACAUAUAAAUUGAAGUGUCACCUUACAUUUAUAGUCACAUGGAAUACGAAAACAUAUUUUUGCUAGGAAAUUGUAUGUUUAUUGAGAUUAUAUCAAUAAAACUGGCAUUGAGACCCACAA